CUCUUCAGAAUCCAAGAAGAAGACAAGGCAACAAGCAAGAAGCAAGCUGACAAGCAAGCAGACAGCAAACCCCUUCCCACCAACCAACCCGCGCACGACAAGUCAUAAUCAUGGACGAGGCAGACUGGACGGAUGUGGAGCCUGUGAUGGAGGAGGAAGGGGAGGACGCCGCGUGCACCAUCCUCUACACCGAAGAAUACAAGAGGGCGAUGGGCUACUAUCGAGCACUGUUGAAGAGUGGGGAAGUUUCGCAGCGAGCACUAAACCUCACCACAGAGAUUAUCGCCUACAACCCAGCACACUACAGCGUCUGGCAUUUCCGCAGAAAAGUGUUGCUUGAGCUCGGAGCCGACCUGCACGAAGAGCUCUCGUACUUGGAGGAAGUGAUCCUGGACAAUCCCAAGAACUACCAAGUCUGGCACCAUCGGGAGAAAGUUGUUGAGCAUUUGGGAGACGCAAGCGCGGAGAUGGAGUUUACAAAGGCCUCGCUCAGUGACGACGCAAAGAACUACCACGCAUGGACCUUCAGACAAUGGGCGAUGGAGAAGUACAAUUUGUUUUCAAAGUUGCGAGACGGCGGCCUUGGAUUUGUCGACGAUCUCCUCCAAGCCGCAUUGCACGGAGCAGAGAAGCAACAACAUAUCGACGAAGGCAUCAAGCUGUGCGAGAGGUUGAAGGAAGUGGACAGCGUUCGCUCACGAUAUUGGGACCUCGUCAGCCGCCAACUCUCUUCAUCAUGA